AUGGCAGCAAGGAGUAUUAGUCGCGUGCACGUAAUUUCCACAUCAGCGGGGCUUGCAGACGAAAUUCAGAGCCUGUUGACAAAGGCUGGACUCAGUAUUGAGGUCAAAGAGAUAUCUCUGCAAAAGUAUGGCGCUCCAGUAUUUGAAAAGACAGUACUGAGGAAGUUAACUAGUGCUGCUUUAGAAGAUGUCAGAGUUGAGGAAAUUGAAUACUUGAUAGCAUUUUGUCCAACUAUAGCAGAGGUUCUUUCAAGGCCCAACAAUCAACUAAAGUGGGCCCAGUCUACUUCUGCAGGAGUGGAUGUAUUUUUCAGUGACUACAACAGUUUAAAGAUAAGCCCAGAUUUCAUCAUGAGCCGCACCACUGGAUCAGGACGGGGCCAGAUGAUGGCCGAGUAUGUUCUUGUUCACAUAUUGGCCCGUGAGAGGAAUUUAAAUUUGCUAGCAGAACAGCAAAAGCAAGCAAGAUUUGACAACCAGCACCUGGCGCACUACCGCAUGCUGUCUGACUUGUCCAUUGGAAUUCUGGGACUGGGGAGUAUAGGUCGGGAAGUUGCUCGAGCCUGUAAAGCCAUGAACAUGGUUGUCUGGGCUGGUGUACGAGAUAAACGUCUAGCUUCUGGGGAAACAGUAUCUCCGGAUGUUGAUUACUACAGGCCGAUGUCUCGAUUAAACGAACUGCUCCAAGAGUGUGACUAUCUGGCAUGCAUUCUACCAGCUACACCAGAAACCAAAUCCCUACUCUCAGGAGAUGUUCUUGAGCCUUGCAAACAGAAGAAAACUGUACUGAUCAACACAGGACGAGGAAAUCUCAUUGAUGACGACAGUUUGAUCAAUGCAGUCAACCAAGGAUGGUUAGGAGGAGCCAUUUUAGAUGUAUUCAAUCAAGAACCACUACCCAGUCAUAGCCCACUGUGGACACUACCAGGGGUGACAAUCACACCGCACGUCAGCUGUCUAGCCAGAAACAAUGCAUCGAUGAUAGCAAAAUCUUAUGUGAAUAAUCUAGUUCGCUAUCUUAAUGGAGAACAACUUCUGAAUCAGGUGGAUUUCACCAAAGGUUAUUAA